AUGAGCGUGUAUGUGGAGCCGGGCGUGCGUGCUGAGCUGGCAGAGGCGGUACAGCGGUACCUCGACGCCGGCGGCGCCUUUGGCGGCGCCGGCGCCGGCGCCAGCGCCGGCACGUCUGCUGGCAGUAGCAUGGACAGCAGCGGGGAUGGCUGGCCGGGGCCGGCGGCUGGGCAGGGCGGGCUGCCACCGCGGGCGCCGGCCGCGGGCGCCGCCGCAGCGCCCGGCACGGCGGCGGCGGCGGCGGCGGUGGAUCUGGGUCGGCGGCUGCUGACGUGGGAGGAGCCGUGCGGCUGCCCGCCCGCGGUACCGUGCUCCGUGGGCCACCAGCUGGACCUGGUGAUCACGCUGGGGGGCGACGGUACCGUCCUGUGGACCUGCGGCUUGUUUGCGGCGGGCGCGGUACCGCCACUGGUCCCGUUUGCCAUGGGCAGCCUAGGCUUCAUGACGCCUUUCCAGAUUGGCCGCAUGGCGGAUGUGCUGGGCAGGGUGACGGGCGUGGAGCGCGGCGUGCCGCUCAUGCUGCGGCACCGCCUGCAGGCAAGCGCCAGGCAGCGCCCCAGGUGCCGCAUCAUCCGCGGCGACGCCUCCACUGCCGACCUGCUGGCGGCCGGCGGCGGCGUGGAAGCGGCCUCCUGCCAGGACGAGUUUGUGGUUCUCAAUGAGGUGGUGAUAGACCGGGGCAUGAAGGCGCAGCUGUGCAACCUGCAG